UAAAGGGAUUCGUUACUCAUGUGUUGUUUCCACAGUCCUUGCCACUGUCGAUGCCGAUACUCUCGUUUGCAGUUCCAGUAAGUGUCUCCCUUCACGUUCAUGCCCCGGAAAAAGGGUUGCGCUGUGUCGUCAUCUCGCCCAGGUGCCCCUUCGCAUACCAUUCUGAACUAGUCUCGAUGAUACCACUCCGCGAAUCGAGAUUCCCAUAAGUUAUAGGUUCCUGUCCACGCACCUGCCAGUUUCGGAAGCCACCUGAGCUUCGAACGUCUUCACUUCGGUUCCCUGGAAUCAGUUGGGGUGGUAGUAUGUGAGCGGGUCGUAGCUUAUCUACGCGUUGUCUACCUCUGUCAUAGCAUUCUGAAUUUAUGAUGGACGUCGGUGGUGUAGUUGGGAAACCCUAGAGGCGAUGCUUAACAGUCAAAGAUCAUUGUUUUUUUUAGCAAAUCGACUUUCGACCUCUGUGAUGAGGAAGCGUUGUUUGGUUUUUUGCUUCCGAAGGUUUAGAAGUCUUGUCGUGCAUAUUGCCGACUGAUCAGGCUUGACUGCUGCGACGAUAAGGAGGAUCUCGCUCGGCUACACUUCGCAGCUCACAAGGACAGUGUAUUUGUGUUGGAUCCUGAACUUGACCAAUCGAUUGUAGAGUUAAAAGGGCAUAAGUAUGCGGAAACUAAGAGACGCAUUACAAUUCCAAAGCAAACUGGUAGAGGAUCGAGUCUGAAAACUCUAAAUUUAAACAGCUCUCAAACAGCUCUUCAUGCUUGCAAUGGCUUAAUCUUGGUAAUUGUAGGUGGCUUCUCCAGCAAGCAUCCUGAUAAGACGUGGAGAUUAGGCUAUCAACACUGUUUGUACAUGUAUGACAUGUCGAGAGGAACCUGGUGGACGCUCCCAAGCUUAGAAAAAGAAUACGGAGUAUAUGCUUACAAUGCUAGAGACAUUUCAGAAUCUUUGAUGUGCAAGCUGAAUUGGUGGGCUCGUUCAUAACCAGUUGUAACUUCUGAUGUCUUGUAAUUUUUGAUACCACGAAAGAGUGAGCAUGUCUUCGCAUGGUCGAACCCUUGAGAAUUAGAAUCAGGAACUCUGACGCUUGAAUGAGAAUAAGAAACUGCGAAACUAUGGCGAUUCCGGCAAUAGUCACUGGAGGUGAAUGAAUUACUCAAGAUAUAUCUGCUUUCUCGAUACAGAUGAAUGACACCCUCGCGAAUGAAGACAUGCUCAAGAAAUUCAAUCUGCGUUCCAUUAGAACCAGUUGCAGUACGCAAACCCACAAUUUACUCACGAAUAUGUGAACAAUCAGACAACCUGUCGCUACUGCACAUCAAGUGCAUGUCUUACAUAAUAGAGAAAUCGUGGUUUUGAUGACUGGCUUAAAUCUUGAAACACGUUAUUCAUGCUGUAAUAUCCCGUGAAAGUUGAAUUUAUCACAAGAGCAGUUGAACUAUCAGCAGCUCAUCCGCUCUUUCGCGUCCCUUUCGUGAGGAUUGUCAUUUUUCAUGGCCAUGUCCCCUACCAAAUCACGGCACAAUUACUUUUCUUUGGAUUCUAGUUUGGAUGCCUUUCCAAAUUCACUUACCUUAAAAUUGUCACACACGAUUUAGUAAUCUUACAGUGGGUCCCACCAGCAACGUAUGCUGAAAAGACGUGUAAACCUUGACUUAUACUUCACCUCAUACCAAUCUUCAGAGUAAAGUAUGACAGUGUAACGAAGGUUGACGUGUUCAAGGAUCUCAUCAAUUCACAACUCUUUGUCAUAGUUUUGCCUCUUCAUCAUCCUGUGCUCUUUCUCCAAAUGCUGUCAGUUAAAAUGCAACAGUUCAUUUGUAACUCAAUCCACCGGAUCGAGCAAUGCACUAGUCCGCUUCGAUUAGAGAUCCAUUGUUUUACAUCAUGCGCUUUGUGUUCGGUGAGCUUUGGUGAGACGUUAAUAUCUCUUUGCCAGAUUGUGUUCCAGGAGGUCCUCAUUUUGUCACUAAAUAACCGAGUGAAGGCUCGCCAUUCUAGCACCAUCAAACUGGUGGACUUGAUUCGAAACAGGUGAAAUCGGUAGCAUCCUGGUGGUAACAACAUGGGUACAGCAGCUGCACGGGCAUUGAUACUACAGAGGAUUCAACUACAUGGGUCCAACCACCUAGUACACCCUGCUAGUAGUGCGAGACAACUGAAUUCAGGACCUUUAAGUGUGCCACCUUUUACCAGAAGCAACUGGAAUCCGGUCUCUAGAAACUCAAACUGGGUCGACGCUUGCAAGUCUUUCAAUCUCAGCACCGCUACGGAGUUCACCAUACACACCAACAAUUCCAUUGUGACAAGAGCAGGUCUAGCACCAGCCAGGUUUGGAUCACCUCGUGCAGAUUUAUUGGUCAGUAGCUAUGGAUUUAGCCAAGGAUUGGCAUCUGUGAUGUGUUACAACAGCUCAGUUGCAUCGACAUCUGGUUCAUCAGAACGUCAUCAAGCACAAGAAUCCAGGCCAAAAGAGGAAGAAAAAAAGUCAUCAUUUGGGCUAUUGGCAAUAGGAGCUGGCAUUUUCUCAACUAUAUUGAGAUACAUUCUGAAGUUCUGUGGUGGAGGAUUCACUCCUUACUUGAAGCAAGUCGAAAAGGACGUUGACAAAGUAGCCGAUUUCGUGGAAGAAGGAGCUCAGCUGGUGAUAAAAACAGCAGAUGAAAUUGAAGAAAUCGCGCGUAUCGCAGACGUUUCUGCCCAAGAAGCUGAAGAUCUGGCAUUGAAGGUGGAGACCAAAACCAAGGUGGUGAAGGAAACACUCGACGAAAUUUUAGAUGUUCUAGAAGGUGGCAAAAAAUUAUCAAACGUCCUUACUAAUUAUGCCUCCUGGAAGAAAGAAACACAGGAAACUCCCCAAGGAUCUUGAGUCCUUGUAAUCCUCUAGUAGUAGGCAUUUCUCGUUCUGUGUCAUUCCAUGGGGAAUGUACACCCAUCAUUUGUUUUAAUAAAUUUUUUCGUGUAUGUAUCAGUAAGCAACUUAGAGAAAAAAAAGGUUUUGUCCUCCUUAUGACAGUGAUACUUCGGGGCUAAGCUCACACAAUACGUAUAUAAUUCUAUUGUAAAGUUUCAGCGUGGCCAUGGAAUAAGGAAGUUUCAUCAUCGUAGUGCCUGAAGCAUUGGAAAGUAAAGCUGAAUUUUCUAUAUCUCUAUUUCAAUAUUUGUUAAUGAAGAUGAUCCAAUGCCAUGGACGAGAGAUUGGCCUUGAGGUCAAGCUUUGAUGCCAUGUCCUUGUAUUCACCGUUUCUUUGAA